ACGCGUUGUGCGCCGUUACGUUCCUCGCAAGGGUCCAGCGAUCGGUGACCGACGGCGACGACGCCCGCAGCGGAAGCGUGAGCGUUUUUUUUCGCAGCCAGGUCGUGGAAACAGUGGUCGAACUCGCGGGCAAAUCCUCCGCGCGGUAACGGGAUACUCGCGGAGACGCGCCUCUCUGGCUGCCGCGAGCGGUAAUGUCGAUGAGGAGCGCCUGGUGACAGAGAAAGAGAGGCAGGAACGCGGAAGAGACUUGACAAGCCUGGCCCGUGGUGAGGCUCUGGUGGUUCUCUCCAUUUCUCUCGAGGCAGAGGAGAGGCCAAACGGUGAGACGAGAGGAAGCGCCGAUCGAUCAAGAAGAUCGGAGUAACGAGACCGCCGGGACGCGUACGAGUAAGUGUCGUCGUGCAAGGAGGGAUGCCUACGAAGGGGGAGAGGGGAAAAGCGACGGACUUCAGCAUCGCGGCCAUCAUGGCGCCCAGGGUUUCGACCUUCGGGCAUUACCACCUGCAGGGUGGCGUCGAUUCUGUUUGCAGGCAAAUGUACUUGUCCGACCACGCGGAAUUCGACGGAUCUGGAUCUGAAUCGCUGCUGACAGGACCUUUCCACUCUGGUAUAAUCGGAUCGCCGAUGAACAUCGUCACGGCGACGGCGACAGUGGUGACGCAGGAGGCGCUCUUGGGCGACGAGGAGGCUGAGAAUUGCGAGGGCGGGAGCGAGAGCACCGAGAAGUCCGCGAACGAGGAAGACGAGGAGGUGGACGUCGACGUGGAGGAGUGCAGCAGCGGCGAUGACGUAGCGGUCGACGGGGCGUCGUCCGACGAUCUCGCCGGGGGUGGCACGCCCGCGCGGAAAUCGAGCGUGGACGGCGCCUCCACGGACGAGAAGCAGCCGCGUCUGAGGACCAGCUGCAACUGCGAGGAGCUGCGUGACGUCGAGUGCCAGCUCGAGACCAAGGAUCUCUGGGACAAGUUCAACGACCUCGGCACGGAGAUGAUCAUCACGAAGACCGGCCGACGGAUGUUUCCGACGUGCCGAGUGUCCUUCACUGGACUGAAGCCAGAAGGCCGUUACGCAGUAUUGAUGGACAUCGUGCCGGUCGACAACAAGAGGUACCGAUACGCCUAUCAUCGUAGCUGUUGGCUGGAAGCCGGCAAAGCCGACCCGCCGGCGCCCGCGCGACUCUACUCGCAUCCCGAUUCACCCUUCACCGGCGAGCAACUGCGGAAACAGGUUGUUUCCUUCGAGAAAGUGAAGCUGACGAACAACGACAUGGACAAGCACGGCCAGAUCGUACUGAAUUCGAUGCACAGGUAUCAGCCGAGGAUACACUUGGUCCGCUGCCAACACACCGACGACAGCAGCCUGGACAUCAAAGACAUCCAGAAGGAGGCGCACAAGACGUUUAUCUUUCCGGAGGCCAUUUUCACCGCCGUCACGGCGUAUCAGAAUCAGCUGAUAACGAGACUGAAGAUCGAUAGUAAUCCGUUCGCCAAGGGUUUCAGGGAUUCGUCGAGACUCACUGACUUCGACCGAGAUCCUAUGGAGCUGAUGGAACAGCAGUUAGUGAGAUGCGGCGUGCCAUCAGUGAGAAUCUACGAACAUCUCGCUAUGCCGUCGAUCGCUAUGGCCGCCGCGACUCUUCAGCAGCAGCAGCAGCAACAGCAGCAGCAACAGCAGCAGCCGUCCGCGCAGCAGCAACAGCAGCACGAGAACGCCGUGUUGGCGCCCUGGCUGUCGCCCGCGUCGACGAUCUUGUACGGCAGGGGGGGAUGUACGCCGGGGACCGGCUCGCCGUCGCCCUUCUCCACCAGCCACUGUUUCCCGUAUCCGGCGUGGCCCUGGACAACAUCGCUGAUGUCGCGACGGUCGCCCACCAGGAGCCCGAUUAGGUAUACGCCCUAUCCGAUCGAGGGCUGCCUCCGCAGCGAGUCCCCGUCGAUAUGCCGGUCAUCCCCCAAUUAGCGAUCCCCAUAGGCGCUGGCGACUCAGCGGCUACGACAUCAUCGUUCAUUCUCCCUCUCUCUGUGAUUCGUGGCACCGACACCGACAUCGGGACUGGAACCGAAAUGGUUCCGACACGUUUUUAACUCAAUGUAGUAAUAAGCGAGGGUGUAUCCUCGGGGAGACGGGCACCAAGACGCGCAGCGUAGUGACUUUCGCGAAGACUAGACCAGGGGCUCUCGAUUCUUCGAGUCAUUCGAAGGGGAAACGUAUGCGAAAAUUCCGCUCUUACAGAAGAGCCGCAAGUUGAUUGGCUAUUCGCGUGGCUUUUGACCAAUCGACUCGCAACUUUUCUGUCGGAGCACAAUUUUCGUGUACGUUUCUCCUUCGAAUGAAUUCAAGAAUCGAGCCCCACGGCCUUAACCACGUAUCUUUUUCCCCAGCGCGAACGCGUGAACGGUGUGAAUAGUUUCAUUAACGAAUUCGAUAUUCGCCAAAGAAAUAUUUUACGAGCUCGCGCUAGGGGAAAAUUUUCGUGAUCGAGCCCCGAAACGUGGAAUCUUUCGCUUGCCGGGCCUACAUUUCCUACUAACAGGUAGGAACACGAACGAAACAAUUCGAACUACUUGAUUCGCGACUAUUCUACUUCCUCAGGUGUCUCAUAGGAAAAAGAUGUGAUAACACUUCUUUUUCUGUAUGUGGGUUACAAUUUGUUAAUUUUUUUCUACAUAGGUUUUAGUUUGGCCACCAGGCAGCGCCAAAGUUAAAAAAAUAUAAUUGAUCAUGCAAUCAUAUAAUUGGUUAAAUAAUUAUAUAAUUAUAUUGAUCAAUGGCUCAUUCUAAUCUCACGAACUAUGAAUCUACGAACCACAGGUAAAUAAAACUCUGUGUAUGAAUCUGCUUGACGAGAUCUUUUAUUCGAGUCAUCGAUAUAGUUUAUCCUGUAUCGAUCGUAAAACGUUUUUUCUAACCUUGGCGUCCCCUGGUGCGCAAAUAAGGCCUGUACGGAAAAAUGUAUGUUACCACGUUUCUUCUCAUAAAAAGCAGAAGGGAAUAAGCGAAAAUCAAAGUCGCUCUGAUCGCGUCGGUAGUGUUCCUCGUGAGCUACCUAGGGUCUUCUUGCUUGUCCACUCUAUUUCGCGGAUUAAAUUUCACGGAACCAAGGGCGCGUAUACGCGCAUACACUUUAUCGUUAUCGAUAAACGCGCGUAGCGAUACAGAAGUAAGUAACAUCUCAUGUAAGUAACUGCACUUUUGUUAUAGUGACAAACGAAUGCGAAAUUCAGGAUGUAAUUGGAAAAGAAUAAUUAAUUGCGGCCGUAAAUAGGACAUAAAUAAGAAAAAUAAAUUGUGCAAUUGAUGGCAAAUCGUUACGUUAAUUGCGACAUAUACAUUUUUCCAAUGAGUGUUUUUGUUAUUCAUCUUCUCUUUAUUAUUCUUCAAGUUGGUCGAAAAAUUAAGCUCACAUCCCUAGAAAUAUUUUAAAAGAUUCAAUAUAUUUUAAAAUAUUUGUAA